AUGACAAUGCAUAUUUACAUGCCGCUCUUGCUCCUAACCACCAUGUCCCCAACUCCCGACACCACACCCGCCGCCAUCCGCGCAGAGCUGCAAAAGAUUGACGACGACAUCGAUGAACUACGCGCUCGGCUAGCCGCCACCCUCGCCUCCCGACGCUGUGUUGUGGCCCGGCUCCAAGCGGUAACCUACGACGGCAUUCUCAACUUGCCAUCUGAGAUCUUAGGCGAAAUCUUCGACCAUUGUACGCGGAAAAUAAGAAUUGGAUGUCGUGAUCCAUCCGCCCCACAGCUAACUCUGACCGUCGUAUGCCGCGAGUGGCGCCGCGUCGCACUCUCCUUGCCUUCUUUGUGGUCAAAACUUGCCAUCUGUAAUGCGGCAGACCCGUCGCGGCAAUACUGGCUCAAAAAAUCACGCAGUUACCCGCUCGACCUCGAAAUUGGUGAUUCGGAGGCGCUCCCAGGCCUUAUGGAGGAGGUGGCCCUGCGACUGGCCCGGUACACCAGUGCUUUUCAUGCCCUUGUAAAGCCGGCACCAAUCUUCGAUGAGUGCCGAGGCAAGUUCGUGGGUCUCCAAAGCUUGACUCUGGAGAGCUCCCACUGGUCUUCCUGCCACAUGGCCACGCACCCUCCCCUCACCCUUUUCGCCGAUGCCCCAGUACUCCACGCCGUCACCCUGGCCUUUGUUCGGCGCGAGCAGAUUGUGCUGCCAUGGGAGCAGAUCACCACCUUCUCCGUCAGUGGCGUCGACCGCGCUCAUGCUUACGACUUCCUCAAGAGCAUGCCCCAGCUGGAAUCACUCACGAUGAGCGUGAGCCGGACAACGCCGCACGAUGAUGCCGAUCUUGUCUAUAAAGCACCCCCCCUCGCGCAUCUCCACACACUGGAGAUAAACCUUGGGCGGGAGUUGGACUACGAAUGGGUGAAGCAGCUGUGGCUGCCCAAAUUGACACAUUUGGUCGCGCGCAACAUCGGGACAGCCGCCAUCUCUCCCUUCGCCAAUCUUCUGCGCCACACUCCCGCACUGACUAGCCUCGAAGUCCACGGCGUACGCCCUGCAACUGCCCAGGAGAUAUUGCGCUUCACCGCAUACCGCGCAAUUGAUUCAUUACUGUCCCUCGACCAUCUCCGCACUGUCGACUUCGAGCUCGUUCUCGAGAAGCUUCCGCUGUUAAACGUCGUCGAAUGGGUGAACAAAUGUCCGCAGGCCCCGCCACGGUGCAAGGUUUCGCUGAGGGAACGGCCAGUAGGUUCCUGGGCGGAGGAAAAUUACGACGCUCCCCUUCGAGCUCUGCGCCAGCACGACGCUGCAUCAUCUGCAAAGCGCAACUGUGCUUUCGACAUCAUGACGCAGCACUUCCGCCUUUCCUCUCAAAAUAGUCCGUUGGGAAGCCUGGCUGAGCGGCUGGAGGAGUGCUCGCUGGUCGUGUGA